AUGCUGGGCGCGAUGGCCCACCUUGCCCUCGCCCCGGUAACGCGGCAGGUCAGCGGCCGCGCCGCCUCGGCCGCAGUCCCUAGCGGCCCCGAGCGCGGGCAGCCCCUGGCCGCAACAGUGGCCGAGCUGUCUGUGCUGGACGCCUCCGGGAGGCAGGUGCCGUUCGGCGCGCUGUUUCGGGAGCGCCGGGUUAUCGUGGUCUUCGUGAGGCAUUUCCUGUGUUACAUCUGCAAGGAAUACGUAGAAGAUCUGGCCAAAAUCCCCAAGAGUUUCUUACAAGAAGCAAAUGUCACCCUUAUAGUGAUUGGACAGUCAUCCUACCAUCAUAUUGAGCCUUUCUGCAAACUGACUGGGUAUUCUCAUGAAAUCUAUGUUGAUCCUGAGAGAGAAAUUUAUAAAAAAUUAGGAAUGAAAAGAGGUGAAGAAAUUGCCCCUUCAGGAAAGAGUCCCCAUAUAAAAUCAAAUGUACUCUCGGGAAGCAUUCAGAGCCUGUGGAGGGCAGUGACUGGCCCUCUUUUUGAUUUUCAAGGAGACCCUGCUCAACAAGGUGGAACCCUCAUUUUAGGUCCAGGUAACAACAUCCAUUUUAUACACCGUGAUAGAAAUAGGUUGGAUCACAAACCCAUCAACUCUGUUUUACAGCUUGUAGGAGUUCAGCAUGUGGACUUUACAAGCAGAUCUUCAGUUAUCCAUGUGUGA